ACUUCCACGACCACGCCACUUGCGUGCGUGUGAGUAGGCGCUUGCUUGCUUCCUUUUUCGUCCCCCACACCACACCCGGUCGGUCCGCCGGUUAAAGACGUCUGCUUUCGUCCAGCACCACCACCACCACCGGGGCAAUCAAUCAUCCAUCCCCGCAUUUCUCCACUCAACCCACACCCCAAAGAGAGGGGAAUCAGUCUCUCCCAUCCCAUCACCAACCCUCCUCCUCCUUGCCUAGGUACUCGCAGCAGCGUCGGCAAGCAAGGUUCUCUUCUCGCGCCGCCCAGAUCUGAGCGCUCCCAUGGCCAUGCCGUCCUCCCGCUCCCCGGCGCCGCCGCCAACGGCCUCCUCCUCCUACUGGUGCUACAUGUGCGACCGCUUCGUUCGCGCCGCCGCUUCCUCCUCCUCCUCACCCACUUCGCCGUCCUCCUCCUCCCCCGCCUGCCCGUCCUGCGGCGGGGGCUUCCUCGAGGAGAUGGGCGCGCCGCCGCCCCGCGCCCGCCGGCCCCGCCGCGCCGCCCGCCGCGGCGCCGACUCCCGCGCCUCGCCCUUCAACCCCGUCAUCGUUCUCCGCCGCUCCCCGCCCGCCGACGCCGACGCCGAUGGCUCCUCCUCUCCCGCCGCCGCCACCGGCAGCAGCUUCGAGCUGUUCUACGACGACGGGGCGGGGUCGGGCCUCCGCCCGCUCCCGGAGAGCAUGUCGGACUUCCUCAUGGGCUCCGGCUUCGAGCGGCUGCUGGAGCAGCUGGCCCAGAUGGAGGCCGGCGGCGGUCUGGCGGCGCGCGCCCGCGACGCGCCGCCGGCGUCCAAGGCCGCCGUGGACUCCAUGCCCGCGCUCCGCGUCGGCGCCGCCCACGUCGCGGCCGACGCGCACUGCGCCGUCUGCAAGGAGGCCUUCGAGCUGGGCGCCGAGGCCAGGGAGAUGCCCUGCGCCCACAUCUACCAUGCCGACUGCAUCCUGCCCUGGCUCGCGCUCCGCAACUCCUGCCCCGUCUGCCGCCACGAGAUGCCCGCCGACAACGCCGCCCCGCGCGCUGCCGCCGCCGCCGCCGCGGACGAGGACGCCAGGGUCGGCCUCACCAUCUGGAGGCUCCCCGGCGGCGGGUUCGCGGUCGGGAGGUUCGCCGGCGGGCCGAGGCCCGACGAGAGGGAGCUCCCCGUGGUGUACACGGAGAUGGAAAGCGGGUUCAACUUCAACAGCGGCCACGCGCCCAGGCGGAUCUCGUGGGGCGCCAGGCAGGCCGCGGCCACGGACAGGGGCACCGUCCGCCGCUUCCUCCGCAGCGUCUUCGCCUGCUUUGGACGCGGCCACGCCCCGUCGGCGGCGGCCGCGCGCGCCAUGCCUGAGCUCAACGACGACGACGUGGCGUCUGACCACAGCGCCGCCUUCAGCCGUGGGUCCAGGAGCCGGAGCACCAGCUGGAGGCUCGAGGACGGGCGUGCCGACGCCAUGGUGCAGAGAUGACCGCCGUAUACUGUGUGGAACUGCUUGUAGUACAGUUACAGUAACGCUGCCGAAAAAGAUUGCUGCUUUGUUUCAUUCAUGUUGUAUUUACCGUACUACUGCUAGCCUCCUGCCUACUACUUAGGAAGAUUUGAGGUUGUAGAACAGGGCAAAUUGGUGUUAGUACAUAUUGUAGUAGUGAGGAAGGGAAAGAGAGCAGCAUCUCGACCUCUCUUUGUUAGAGAGUUUGCAUUGCAGCUGCAGGUGGGGGGUCAACUGCGAACUCAAACACUUGUUCUUGGCUUGGUUGGUGGUAAUAUUAGGAGCGAGGUGAUGGAUCAACUGUUCUUUUAUUAUCUUUCUUUCUGUUCAGUUCAUUGUGGCAGGAACCA